AUGCCAGUCUACAUGCUUCACGGAUUCCGGUGGCCCCGUGCGGGCUUCACAGGGAUCCGCGUCUAUGUGGUCCUCCACAAUCUCGAGGAGGCCGCCGCCGAGUACGUCCAGCAGCCGCUGACGACGGAGCUGCUGACGGAAUCUCUCAAGCGCACGCAGCCCGACCUCAUGCCCCGGCUGCCACAGCUGCACUUCAUCGAGCAGUACGACCCGCUCGACGAGUCGAGCAACACGGUCAGCCAGGACUAUGCGUAUGUUGGAACCAAGGUGGUGACCAUCCCUGACGGCACGGCGCCGGCGGGCGCGGGCCCCGGCCUGAAUAUCGAGGACGUGGUGGAGCAAGGGUCGGGCUUGUCAGCCGAUGAAACGGAGGCACUGGAGGCAUUGCGCGAUCGCUUGGCACCUGAGGAGAAGAUUGGCUGGUUUAUGGUCUAUAAUGGCGACCCGGAUCGAUACUAUCCUCCCUCGGAGGACGAGGAGGAAGAAUAUGAGGACGAGCAAAGCUACGUGGAUGAGAAGUCGGAGAGCCAGACAGAACCUGGGACACCGCAGAGCUAUACGUGUCUAGAUGGGCGUGGAGAAUCUUCCGCAGCUGCGCGCCAAGACACAUCCAAGGAGCUUCACAGAUGCCGGAAGGGUGAUUCCUGGAUUUACAACAUGGUCCUCUCGUUCAUUCUUGUCCAGAAUCGCCAGGGCAAAACGCGCCUGGCGAAGUGGUACGCACCGUAUAGUGAUGAGGAGAAAGUCAAGCUGAAAGGCGAGGUGCAUCGCCUUGUCGCCCCUCGCGAUCAGAAAUACCAGUCGAACUUUGUGGAGUUCCGCCGCAGCACCAAGAUUGUAUACCGACGAUACGCCGGAUUGUUCUUCUGUGUCUGCGUGGACGCCAACGAUAACGAGCUUGCGUACCUGGAGGCCAUCCAUUUCUUCGUCGAGGUGCUCGAUCAAUUCUUUGGGAACGUGUGUGAACUGGAUUUAGUUUUCAACUUCUACAAGGUCUACGCGAUCCUCGACGAGGUCUUUCUCGCCGGCGAGAUUGAAGAGACGAGCAAGCAGGUUGUUCUGACCCGACUCGAGCAUCUGGAUAAGCUGGAGUGA